AUGGCCACUCCAGAACCGCCACCACCACGCCCGCCGGCAGCGGUAAGCCUGCCAACUGCCAGAAGAAAGCAAAGAUUGUACGCUUGGGAAUCCCUGCUGCCGAGGUUUCAGUUUCCACCCGGUUUCGACGAGGGGGGCAUCAUCGAGAAGAGAGAAGUUUCGAACAGCGGUGCCGUUGCGGGAGAUGCGGGGGGACCUGCGGCUAGGGCGCCGUUUUCUACCCCUCCAGUGUUCCAGGCCCGACGGGUCUCAGCUUGGGCCAAACAUCCGUCCGUACGCUACGAGGGGAGCAUGCCGCACCGAGGAGGGGGGAGAGGCUUCACGGCCGCCACUGACAUUGCCCCGGGUACGCUACUGCUGGUGGAGAAGCGCUUCUUGCCGAUGCCCACAGCGAUUGAGUGCGGCCAGGCGGGGGGAGUGGGACAGGAAGAGUUAUGCCUCCGGUGGAUACUGGAACUCCCUCCAGCGAGGCUGAAACGUGUGCUAGGAGAGCUGCGAUGGCUACACCCUCAGUCGCUACAGGACCUACCAGAGAGCGAAGCAGCUGCGCUUAUGUCAAGGCACGAAGAAACCGCUAAGGUUAUGGUGGCCAAGCUCGGGCGGGAGAGCUCGGCAACAGAAGCAGAAGCGGAGGCCCUGGGGCUAGACGUGCCUGGCAUCGUGCGGCUCUUCGGGGCGCUACAGAGCAACGGCUUCGCGAGCGGGAUAUACCUGCACCCGGCCAUGACUAACCACAGCUGCAGGGCGAACGCCAUCAAGUGGCGAGCGGGACAGUCUAUCUCGGACACACAAAUGCCCCAUAGUAAAAAGAAGGGGGUCAAUCCGAACCCCGCCGGUGAGAAAGGGUCGCUUCUCAGCGAGAUCCGCGCCACGGAGCUGAUCCGAAUGGGGCAAGAAAUCACGAUAUCGUACUUGGAACCAAGGGAGAUCGCCUUGGCGUCAAGACAGGCUCGGCUGAAGGAUCAGUUCGGCUUCGACUGCAGCUGCGUCUUGUGCGAGGGCCAUGCCGAAAGCAGACAAAGCAACAGCGAAGCUGCUGCUGCUGCUGCUGUAGAUGAGAGUUUCGCACCUUUGGAGGCCUUCCUUCGGCAGGGGCUUCGGCAGGGGCGGCCGGAGCACCAAGACGAGGUUGCGCCGCCGACGUGCCAGAAGGGCGUUGAAGUUUGCCGACGAAACGUAUCCGGCGAGCCAGGCCGGAGCAAGACUGCGGAUGGGGGGGAGGGAGGAGAAGGCAUUGGAGGGGACGCCUUUAACCCCGGCCGUGGGGGGGCGGAAGAAGGAGAGGGGAGGAAGUGGUUGGGACUGGAGGACGGAGGUCACAGCGGAGGAGGAAGCGGGGAAGAGGAAGAAGAAGAGGAUCGCGGAGGUCUGGUCGCUAGGAACGUUCUGGAGAGGAGGCUUGAGGCGGCGGAGAGCGUCGUUGACCUAUCGAGGGCGAAAGAGGUGAAAUGGCCCGGAGUGCUGUCAGAGGUAUUGGGCUACCGAAGACAGGCGAGCCGGUGGCUUUCGGGUCGGCAUAUCUCCCUAGCGCGUGCCGACAAGCUCAUCGCCAAGGCUUGCAUCGCCAUCCUCCAAGGUUCGACCGAGGCAGCGCAAUCAGAUGUGGAAUGUGCGGAAGCAGUGCUUCAGACUUCCAACGAUCUCCCGAUGUCUUUCGGGGGGAGACGCGGAUUGGAAAGCACCUUGCCCCCCACGAAAGGGGGAUUCAAGACCCGGCUGCUGGCCGUUUUUGUCGCGUCUCUGAUUUCCAGAAGAAAGACGCAGCUGUUGUACCUAGGGGAUGGUCCGCACCCGGAAGCUGGAGCCUGCCUUGCGGACUUGUCUCAAGCCAUGACAAUGCUUCUGGGGCAAGGGUCUGAGGGGGAGACGUGGAUCGGACGCCUCCCGGGCCACGACAGCGACGGGACGAACGACGCCAAGUGCCAAGGCACCGAUGCCGCACGGACGACUGCGAGGCGGUGA